AUGGCCGCGGAGGAGGCCGAGGCCGCGCGGCGGGCCAUAGAGGCCGAGGCCGAGCCCAAUGCUAUGGAGGAAGCCGAGGCUGAGCGUAAGGCCCAAGAGGAGGCUGAUCAAAAGGCCCAUGAGGACGCGAAGGCGAAGGCGAAGGCUGAACGCAACGCCGAGGAGAAAGCUGAAUGCAAGGCCGCGGAAGAGGCCGAAGGUGUGUGGCGGGCAAACGAGGCCGAGGCCAAGCGCAAGACCGCGGAGGAGGCCGAGGCUGUGUGUCGGGCCAGAGAGGCCGAGGCCAAGCGCAAGACCGCGCAGGAGGCCGAGGCCGCGCGGCGUGCUAGAGAGGCGGCGAGCUCGGAGGACGGGUGGGCCGACUGCUUCGAGGGAGGCGAGAUCGUUCUCGCAGGCGCGGCCGGCGUUGCGUCCGCGACGCGCGGCGGCUUCGGCGCCGCCGCCCGCGAGGCGCUGGAGGGGAAACCGCUGCCGCGUGAUGACACCCUUGCUGGACGCGUGGCACGUCGCGGACUGGCUGGGCAGCUCGGGGUCAAGGAGGCCGAGGCCGCGCGACGAGCCAGGGAGGCCGAGGCCGAGCGUGAGGCCCUGGAGAUGGCCGAGGCCGAGCGUGAGGCCCAGGAGGAGGUCGUUCGCAAGGCCCAGCAGGAGGAGGCCGAGCGCAGGUCCCAGGAGGACGCGAAGGCCGAGGCCGAGCGCGAGGCCAAAGGGGCCGCCAAGCCCAGGCGCCGCCGGCGGAGAUGUGGGAAGGCCGCGGCGCACGGCCCGCUGCCGAGAUCGGAAAAUUCUGGCGGCGAGCCCGCCAGCGAUGGCUCCGGCAGCGACAGCUCUGGUGGCGGGUCCAGCGACGGGUCCAGUUCCACGAGCAGCGCGCCGUCGCGGCGUAGCGCGGAGGCAAAUCAGAAGGCCUCGGAGGGGGCCUCGGAGGGGGCAGAGGCCGCGCGGCGGGCCAGAGGGCCCGGGCCCGAGGGCAGGGCUGCGGAGGAGGCGGGAGCUGGGCAUUGUAGCGAGGAGGAGGCUGUGGGCUGUGGCGACGAGGCCGCGGGGGAGGCCGAGGCCAGGUGGCCGGCCAGUGAGGCCGAGGCCGAGCGCAGUGCCGCGGGGAAGGAGCGCACGGCCGCGGAGGAGGCCCGCGUCGGAUGCAAGGCCACAAAGGAGGCCGAGUGCGAGGCCGAGGAGGAGACUCGGGCUGGGCGUUGGGCCAAAAGGGCCGAGGCCGCGUGGAACGCUGCGGAGGACGAGGAGGGUGAUCGGAGGGCCGUGGAGGAGGCCGAGCACGAGGCCGAGCGCAGUGCCAAGGAGGAGGCCGAGGCCGCGCAGCGAGUCAGAGAGGCCGAGAGCGAGCGCAAAGCUUUGAAGAAGGCUGAGGCUGCGCGCCAGGCCCAAGAGGAUGCUGAGCGCCGCAGAGCCAGGGAGGAGGCCGAGGUCGAGCGCAAGGCCGAGGACGAGGCAGGGCGACAGGCCCAGAUGGAAGCCCAGGCUCAGCGGCGGACUGGAGAGGCCGAGGCCGAGCGGAAGGCCGCAGAGGAGGCCUUGGACAGGAAAAAGGUAGCCUUCCCUCUGAGGCGGCUGGCCAGCCAGUCCCCAAGCGGGCCAGGUCCUAGCAUCCCGCGAGAGGUCGAGGCAAAGCGCAGGGCCAAGCAGGAUGCUGAGCGCAAGGCCUCCAGGAAGGCCCAGGCCGAGCGCCAGACCGCAGAGGAGGCUGGGCGGCAGGCCCAGAUGGAAGCCCAGGCCCAGCGGCGGGCUGGAGAGGCCGAGGCCGAGUGGAAGGCCGCAGAGGAGGCCCUGGACCGAAGGAAGGUGGCCUUCCCGCUGAGCCGGCCAGCUGCCCAGCGCCCAGGCGGGUCCAGUCCGGGCAGCCCGUGCCAGGCUUGGGCCAGGCGCGGGGCUGGGGAGGAGGCCGAACUUGAGGCCGCGGAGACUGCGCCCCAGGAGGCCAGAGAGAGGGACCGGGAGACCGCGCCCGGGGAGGCCGAGGAGGCUGCGCCCGAGGAGGCCGCCGGGGCGGCGCUGCAGAGGCCCGGGCGCGGGGCGGGCGCGAAGGCCGGGGCCGGGCUCGAGACCCGGGGCGGCGCCCGCUCGCCGGAGGGCGCAGCCGCCUCGGCGGCGCCCUGCGUCGCUGCCCUCGCGGGCAGGUGGGUGGGACCCGAGGGCGAGCCCGUCGCGUCGGUCGACAGCGGCGUGGUGUCGUGGCCGGACGGCUCGCGCAGUACGCUGGAGCCGGCCGGCGGCGGGUGCUUCCGCGCGGUGGUGCAGGGCAGCACGCUGCGGGUCCAGGCCGUCUCCAGCAGCCGCCUGGAGUGGAGCGACGGAGAUGUCUGGCUGCUGGCGACGCCCCAGACGCACGACGCGGCGCGAGGCUGCCGACGAGAUGCCAGUCCCGCACCGCCGCGCCGAGACAGGAGUGGCGCCGCCGGCCCCGCGGCGGGCGCCGGCACGGGUGCUGGCGGGGAGGAGGUGCUGGAGCGCCUGGUGCAUCUGGCCGCCGCCAUCCUGCAG